GCUGACACCACUUUAUGCGCAUGCGCUGAGCGCGUGACUCGUUGCGGGGUAAAAGAAAAACAGUAAAACUUGGAGCAGAUUUCUGCUUAGUUUUACUGCGUUAAAGUGCGAUGGCUGGCACCGCGCUGAAGAGACUCAUGGCAGAGUACAAACAGCUGACUCUGAACCCACCUGAGGGGAUCGUUGCAGGUCCAGCCAAUGAGGAGAACUUCUUUGAAUGGGAGGCUCUCAUCAUGGGUCCUCAGGAUACCUGUUUUGAAGGAGGCGUGUUUCCGGCCGUCCUCAGUUUCCCGUCCGAUUAUCCUCUCAGUCCUCCGAAGAUGAGGUUCACCUGUGACAUGUUUCACCCCAACAUCUAUCCCGACGGUCGGGUGUGCAUCUCCAUCCUUCACGCUCCAGGAGAUGAUCCAAUGGGCUAUGAGAGCAGUGCAGAGAGGUGGAGUCCAGUCCAGAGUGUGGAGAAGAUCCUGCUGUCUGUGGUCAGCAUGUUGGCAGAGCCUAACGAUGAGAGUGGGGCUAACGUGGACGCCUCCAAGAUGUGGCGUGAUGACCGGGAGCAGUUCUACAAGCUGGCACAGAAGGUGGUGCGGAAGUCUCUGGGUCUUUAGAGCUGAGGGACGCCGCUCUGUUUGUCGCUCACAAACACUUGCUCCCUUUUUGAAGCUGCAGCAUCGCCGUGGAAACCACACACACACACACACACACUCUUUGAGCGCUGCCGACACGGACGGAUCAAUAAACUGAUGGACGGACUUCGCUGACCUUCGGAUCAAUGCAGAAUUUACUAAAAGUGGACAAAAGAAGAGGUCAACCGUGAUUCAGUGACAUCAUCAGACCCAAGAGGACUUAAACCAGCACCUUCUUUAUUAUUAUACUAUUAGGUGAUGCAUUCAGAUCACAUGGCAAACACUGAUGACAUCUGGACUAAACCAAUCACACUAAUCAAUAAAGAUAACAAAUCAACCAAUGAAGUAUCCAAAAGCUCCCUUCUUCUAUCCUGAAGAUUAAAACGAGCAACGCUUUCCAGAACUAAAAACAAUUACGUCCAAAGGUGUCUUUUAUUUUGAAAGUCCUGUCAGCAAGGAAGUCACUUAAGUAAAUGGUAACCCUUUCACAAUAAAGGUUUGUAACACAUGGUAA